CCGACAAAUUCUGUGAAAAGUACGUGUAAAAUUAUUUGGGAGAGGAGAGGAGAGGAGGUAUCUGAGACCACAUAAUUGAUGUCGCAAAUCGAGAGAACUUGACAGCCCUUUUUGACACGUUUGAGACUUUUAACCGACGGAAAAUAUCUCGGUUUCUCACUAUCUCUCAUUUUCGAUCAAAAUUUACAAAAAUAAAAAACGCAGUGAAGAAGAAUGGCGACUGUGUCCAGCUUUCCUACAAUGCAAAAGAUGCAGACUCCGCGAGUUUUGUGCAGGAAGAGAGAGAAAGAGAAAGACAACAAUUACCCUUACAAAGUUAUAGUGAUCUCUCCUCCGCCAAAAAGCCUCGGCAUUCGCUGUUUUCCCUCUAAUCUGCAGUGUGGUGAGAGCGUGACCAUUGAAGGCCAGACUUAUACCAUAUCAGCUGUAACUCAUCGUUAUCAGCUCAGGAAAGGGAAAUACGAACCUAGUGAGAAGAGGCUUGAUGUGUUGUCCACUGGAAGAUACAUAUUGAAUUUGUAUUUGGAAGGCAAAAGGAAAUCAAAGAUUGCUUUUGGCGCUAGAAAAAAAUGAUUGCUUUCCUUUCCACCAUCUCUGUCGAAGGGUUCCUCUCUAGACCAUAGUCCGAUUGCCGGCGCCGAUUGUUGGCACUGGUGGUUCGCCCAUUAGUGGGGCUGAUUGCUGGCCGGUGCUUCGUCGAAAAAUACGUCAAUUGCUGGUGGUGUGACAUAUCGUAUAUUUGAAUAUUAAACCUUUGCUAUUUGUUUACACAUACAAACAAUGAAAUUAGAGGGAGAACCAAAAGAGAAGGAAGAAAAAGACUUCUUGUAGAUUGAAGAAGAAGGAAACGAGAAAGAAGAAGAAGAGGGAAAAUGGAAGAAGAGGGACGCUGCUUUUUCUUUUUUCUAAUAUGAACGAUGCUUUUAAUUUAGGAAAUAUGGUUUUAAUGUUUACACUGAAUGCAGCGUUUCAUUUACCGGAAUGGCGUGUGCCGGCGAGCCAUAUCAGUGCCACGUCAAUUCCAAUUUGAGGGGAAAGAA